AUGAGCAACACUAAUCAAGAUUCACACAAGGGGAAAAAGAAAGUGAAUGAAGAAUCACUAACCGACUCGCAAAUUAUGGAGAAUCAGAACAAGCGAAAGGCGAUCGCGCUGGAAGGUGAUAUCAAUGCUGAAACAAAGAAUUCAAAGAGUCCUAGAAUCGAUGAAUCAACAAGUUCAUCCAAGGAGUUUUCUCCCUUCCUUCUUUUUGGAUUCAUUAUUGAUCCAACUAAGGGAUGUCAAAAAGCUUUUUCUUGCGUCAUUUGUCAUAGGAAAUUUGUUUCUCCACAGGCAUUAAGUGGAAGCAAAAACUGUCAGGAAUGUGAGGAGUCACUAAAAAAAGUUGUCGAGGCUUUGAACAAACCUCGUGAUAACGUCUCUCAUGGCGUACAAGGAAUAUUUAUCUAA